AUGAGCCACUCGCUGUCCCCCACAAACAGAAACUCCAUCUUCGGAUGGGUCAAGAACCUCAAAAGAGGCAACUUCCUCUCCAACGAGUCCGUCAACGAAAUCACCUCCGACAACGACUUGCUCUCCACCGAGUCCCGCUCGCCUGUCAAGACCCACCAACCCAGCAUCCCCAUAGCCGCCCCCAACAAGGCACUUCCAUUCCCACCACAACCCUCGUCGUCGCCUCCCGCCCACCAGCAGGCUCCCGAGUUCUUGAGGCCGUUGCUCAACCACAAAUCCCGUUCCAGCAACAACGUCAACCGCGUGCGUUCCAACUCGCUAUCCCAGUCAGAAAAGUCCGCCUCCAUCAGACAGCACCGUGACUCCUUCUUGCAGCACCACCUGUUGGUGGACGAGAACAGCAAAUACUUCGGAGUGCCGCUUGCAGACGCCAUCAACGAGGCGUCAGCCAAGAUCUCCAUCUUGAAUCCCAACCCAUCGGAUCCUGGUGUCACCUAUGGCGAAAUCCCCAUCGUGGUGGCCAAAUGCGGUGUGUACUUGAAGAAUAAUGGUUUAAACGUGGAAGGCAUCUUCCGGGUGGGAGGCUCGUCCAAGCGACUCAAGGAGCUCCAGGUGAUCUUCAAUUCGCCUCCAGACUACGGCAAGAAGUUGAGCUGGGAAGGCUACACCGUGCACGACGCAGCGUCCAUCUUGAGACGGUUUCUUAACGCGUUACCCGAGCCUUUGAUCCCGUUGGAGCUCUACGAGGCGUUCCGGGACCCAUUGAGAUCCAGAUCCAGAAUCAUCAACUACAUGAAAUACAAGGCAGAAAACCCCAACAAAAGCUUGCGGCCCACCUCCAGCAACAACAACACUCCCGCACCCGAGUCUGCCAAUCUCUUGGACUCGUCCGAGUCCCAGCCGUUAACCGAGGCAAACAUAGGAAGAUUGAACAACCACGGCUCCUCGAACCCCUCAUCGUCAUACAACCAAGUGGGCUACUCCCCUGUCCAUUCGCAUUCCCAAUCGGAUCUCUCCCACAUCAAGAGUCAGCAACAGUUUGAGUCUGCUGCAGACGAAGCUGCUGCUGCAGAAUCAGCAGCAAAGAAGUCAGCCAAGAAGUCCAAAAAUUAUAGAAAGUUGACCAGAGAUGUGCAUGAAGUGAUAGACGAGUACAAAUUGCUAGUGGACGAAUUGCCUACUUUGUCCAAGCAAUUAUUGUUCUACAUCUUGGACUUACUUUCGAUGGUUCAGAACAAUGCGGAUGAGAACUUGAUGUCCUCGAGAAAUCUUGCUGCCAUCUUCCAGCCUUCAAUCUUGUCACAUCCCAACCACGACAUGGAUCCGGUCGAGUAUGCAUUAUCACAAUUGGUAGUUGAAUUCUUGAUCCAAUACGCCUACAAAUUAUUACCCAAGCAAACUGGAUCCAUGCACCCCUCGCCUUCAAAGUCCCUCGUGAAGACUCCAGAAAGAGCUGAUUUACAACUCGAUGUGAACGAUGUUAUCGGAGAAGGGGAAGUCGAAUUGAAAACAAAACCAACUGUCACCACGAACUUUGGUGCAGACGCUGCUAAUCAAUCCAGCAACGUGACAUCUACCAGCACCACACCAAUCGAAAGUGAGCCAAGCAAUUUGUUAAGCAAACCCCCCCAACCUCCUUUCAAGAGGCAAUACAGCAAGUCGUUACCCAUAUCCACCAAUCAAGAUAUGGUUGGACUCCAUGACACUUCCAAGUCCUUGGGAUUGUCUGAUUACGACAAUGAUUAUGAGAUCACCGACGAUGAUAAUGAGAUUGAUAUGUCAGAUUUGGAUGAGCUUCACCCAGGAAAUUUGCAUUUAAACUCAAAUGAUACCAACGAGCCAGCUGAAACCGCCCCAGCUGCGGCUGCCAACCCCAAGGUGGCCAUUAUUGUUUCAACUCCCUCUACCACCUCAGUGCCCCAGGCUUCCCUGGCUGCCCCAUCUGAACAAAGAUAA